GGCAAGGGACGCACAGCCCUGGUGUCAGAAGUAGCAGUAGCAGGGAGUGUCCACUGUGCAGGUUGGCCUGGCUGGAGCUGAGCAAUGCUGGGGCUGCUAUAAAAGCCCUGCCUGGGCCACACUGGACCAAGCACUCGCCUGGCCACCUUCUCCUCCUCAGGGACAAGGAGCACCCUCGCAUCUCUCACCAAGAUGUCCUGCUACGACGUGUGCACCCCCAAAACCAGCGUGGCUGUGCCCCAGCCCAUCGCUGAGAGCUGCAACGAGCUGUGUGCCCGCCAGUGCCCCGACUCCUCGGCCUUGAUCCAGCCGCCCCCCGUGGUGGUCACCUUCCCCGGCCCCAUCCUCACCUCCUUCCCCCAGCAAGCCGUGGUGGGCUCCUCCGGAGCACCGGCCUUUGGCGGCUCCCUGGGGCUGGGCGGCCUCUACGGCGCCGGCGCCACCCAGGCCUCGGCUGGCCUCUGCACCUUUGGCAGAGCCUGCGCUGCUCCCGCCUACAGCCCUUGCGCCCUGCCCCGCUACAGCAAGAAGCUCUGGGACACCUGCGGGCCCUGCUAGAGCCACCACAGCCCAGCCCAAACGCGUGCGGCCGCCUCAGCCCAGCAUGGAGAAGUUGAGCUCUGCACAAGCUGCCCUGGCCUCCUGCAGCCUGUGACACCCGGCCUGCCUGAGGCUUGUCCACCAUCCCUCUCCUGGCCUCUCCUGUCUUCCUUGGUACAAUAAAGUUUUCUUGCAUCU